GAUAGCUGUGUGAGAAAGGAGUGCGAAAAAUGUGAGAGAAACAGUCCUGCAGAUGCCAGGGUCAGUGAAGGACAGGGAGGAGGUGUUCCAGAUGCUGGAGCAGAGGUUGCCCUGCAGCCUGUGGAGAAGAGCAUGGUGAAGCAGGUUGUCCCCCUGCAGCCCAUGGAGGACACCAUGCUGCAGCAGAUGGAUUUAUCCAAGAAUAGAUUAACUGAGGUUCCUACGGAAUUGUGCCAUUUUGUGUCACUGGAAAUGCUAAAUCUAUACCACAAUUGUAUUAAAAUUAUACCAGAUGCCAUAGUAAACUUGCAAAUGCUAACUUACUUAAAUUUGAGUCGAAAUCAGCUUUCAUCUUUGCCAGCUUGCCUGUGUGGUCUUCCUCUAAAAGUCUUAAUUGCAAGUAACAAUAAGCUCUGUUCCCUUCCGGAAGAGAUAGGUCAACUAAAACAGUUAAUGGAGCUGGAUGUCAGCUGUAACGAAAUCACAGCUUUGCCACAGCAGAUAGGCCAGCUGAAAUCUUUAAAAGAACUGAAUGUCAGAAGAAAUUACCUCGAAGUUUUACCCCAAGAACUAGUGCAGCUUCCCUUGGUAAAGUUUGACUUUUCCUGCAAUAAAGUGCUAGUGAUUCCGAUUUGUUUUAGAAAAAUGGUGCAGUUACAAGUAUUGCUGCUUGAGAACAAUCCUUUGCAGUCUCCACCAGCACAAAUUUGUACAAAGGGUAAGGUGCAUAUAUUCAAAUAUCUGACGGUCCAGGCCUGUCAGAUUAAAACAGCAGACUCACUCUAUCUUAAUGCCAUAGAACAACAGCAUUUGCCACAACCCGUGGAAGAAAGUAAAAAGGACUCAGAUUCAGGUGUUGGUAGUGAUAAUGGCGAUAAACGUUUAUCAGCAACAGAGCCAUCUGAUGAAGAUACUAUCAGCUUUAACGUUCCAAUGUCUGACAUUGUGGAAGAAGAUCAGAUUGUAAAGGAAGAUCCAGGUCACCAUGCUAACUCAAGAAAAGUGGACUUCCAUCAGGGACCUUCUCACUUGAUUGUCAGUGACAAGUCAAGAGAUACAGGAAACCAGUUCGAUGAAUCGGAUACUCUUACUACUGAAUUUAUGAGUUACAUUAAGAGCAGAGCAGCAGAGUGUGAUGAAUUACUGAGAAUAGAAGAGGACGCACAAUGGCAAACAGACGAAAUAGUAAAUUUAUCAGAAGAGCAAACUAUUGAUAUAGCAAUGAUAGAGCAACUAAGAGAAGCAGUAGAUUUAUUACAAGAUCCCAACAGAUUAAGCAUGGAUAUUUCAGAGAGCAGUGGUGUGAAUCUGUAUCCCAUGGAACCAGCAGCAGCUUUAGAAUUUCAGGAGUCUACAGUAAACGAUCAAAUGCAGAUGGAGAUGUCUUCCUUUGGUCAGGUACAGAAUGAUCUAAUUGUUUGGAAUACAAGUGGGCAAACUUCUCAUAAUGAGAACAAGGAUAAAAGUCCGACAAUGUCUCCUACUACAAACACCACAAUUCCUUUUGGCCUGAAGCCACGAUCAGACCCAUCCCUCAGUCUUCCUCCUAUCUCCUUCAGCACACUUACACAGGCACAAACAUGGGACAACUUUAGCUACAGUAUCCCAUCUGAACGAGACAGUGACAAUGUGUUCUUAAGACCACAAAGAAAUUUGGAAUCAAUAGACCCACAGUUUACAAUUCGAAGGAAAAUGGAGCAGAUGAGAGAAGAAAGAGAGCUUGUGGAACAGCUACGUGAGAACAUCGAAACAAGACUAAAGAUUUGUUUGCCUGAAGACUUGGGAUCUGCUCUGAUGGAUGGUGUAGUGCUCUGCCAUUUAGUAAAUCAUGUUCGUCCUCGGUCUGUAGGAAGUAUUCAUGUACCUUCACCAGCAGUACCUAAACUUAGCAUGGCCAAAUGCAGGAGAAAUGUGGAAAACUUUCUGGACGCAUGUAGAAAACUGGGGAUACCAGAGGCUGACCUCUGCUCUCCGUAUGACAUCCUGCAGUCGGAUAUUCGUCACAUUCGAAAGACUGUUGACACUCUGCUCGCCCUCGGGGAGAAAACCCCACAAUCAACUUCUACCUUUCGCUCCUGGGAUCUUAUAGGCUUUUGUCUUUUCCACAUACUUUUUAUAGUCUUGAUGUAUAUAACUUAUCACUGGAAUGUGCUAACAGCAUAA